UAAAGAUUAACAUUUAUCAAACAAAGUCGUCAUUGUAUAGUGACUUACAGAUAUUUGGAUUUUAGAAUAUUCGUUUUAUCUAAACAAACAUUAAAUUGAUAUGACCAUCGAUUUUAUGAGUAAUGGGGAUUUUUAUAAUUCAUUUAUCUUAUACAAAAAUGGUGGAAAGUGCGAAUCGAUUACAAGAGACAGACACUUUAUGUUAGAACACAAAAUAUAUAUAAACGCUUGUUUAAUAUGAUGACUUUUAGAAAGUUGUACCUGUGCGGGAAAUAAGACGUUUAACAAAUGUAAUUCGUUAUAAGAUAUACCUGUUAAAGUAAACAUAUAGCUGUGUCUGCGUGCACAUGUGCGUCGUUAAAGAUAAACAACAUAGAAAUAAAACUGUUUUAAAGGAACUAAAGAUUGAAACUGUUCAGGAAAUACUCGUUAUCGUCACAAGGCAAACAAGUGAGGUUAUUGUAUAAGUAAUUAAGCAAAUCAAAGUAUCGGGAUUAAAGGUAUUACUUACUACUGAAUCCUAUCUGACGCCAUCAGAAGAGGUCCCAUACAUAUUUGACCGUAUCAGUGUUUUAUGACUACGGCUAAAUCUGAAAAGAAAUAUGAAACUGUUCCUAUGCGAUGACAUGUAACUAUUUAUUGUGGAUGUAUUGAAAUGUGCACAUCAUUGUUUUAAAAGUGUCAUUGUGCAUUUUCUGAAUGCUUGAAAAUGGAUAUAAAUUUACCAAUGAGUGCACCAGUGAACAACAACAUCCAGUCCAGCCUCUGUGAUAGACUGGACGCCAUUGUGUUUGAAAAGAUUCGCGUGGCAAACACGCAGCUGGAUACUAGAUUAUCUAUACAAGAAAAAAUCAUCAACAAAUAUCGUCAGGAUGUGGAGAAAAUACAUGCACAUCAAGCUCAAAGACUUAAGCGUGAAGUGAAGAAAAUUCGGAAAAAGAAACCAGACUAUGUUCUUGACGACUCUGAUAUAAAUACAUCAAGAAGUCGAAACACAACGGAAACAGGCCGACAACGAUGCUUGAGUGAGCCGAGCAGCCUUAGUUAUUGUAGGCGAUACUAUUCUCAUCAUUACAAUGUGAAGGACACUUCCAGAGAAGAUAAAAAACAUACAGAUGCUAAAAAGAGUAGUGAUAAUGAUUUUUUCAAUAUGAAACUGAGAUUAUAUUAUGUGAACAUGAUGAACAAUGUACAUCAGAAAACACAUUUGGAGCAUGAUACUCCAAGUGAAUAUAGACUUUCUAACACAGACCAUCCUGACAACUUUGAUCGAAGUCGGCAUACUCCGAAUGUCACACAAACAAGUAUUGACGAGGAGAAAGAUGAUGUUUUUGCAGAAAGUCAUAAUAGUUUCAGAACAGUAAAAGAAACGUACGUCUUUGAUCAAAUCAACGAAAAAGAUCAACAAGUGUUGCAAGAAUGCAAAAACAGUGGAAAACACCAGGAAGCUGGGUUCAUUAAUGCUGCAGGUUUAAGAAACGGAGAAAUUAAGGAUGGUGUGGCAAACAUGUCUUGGGACAGGACAAGAGAUCAGCGCAGGAGUAAAUGCCGCAAAGCGAAGCGUAAGAGUGUAAUAGGUUCCGGCUCAGAAGAAGAGAUGGAAUACAAUGAAGCAGAACGAAGGAAAUCGAAGCAUGCCUUCGAGAAGAUAUUCGCAGGCUUAUUGUAAUAUUUGAAAACUGUACUUAAUGAGUGGUUUAUAAAGGCCGUAUUGAUAUAUUUUGAUCUUGUAAAAUUUACUGUCUUCAUCUCCGAAUUAGUUUUUUUGACGAUACUUAUUUAUAUGUGUCUGACUGAAAAUUAAACAAAGGCAUGCAGGAAUAUUCCUCUCACAGAAGGCAAAGAAUCGUCUCGAUUAACAGUUGUCUCAUUUAUUAACAACUACAGUUUACAAAACACAAGUACUAAAAUGUGUUGUUGUUUUUUCUUUUAAUAGGAAUACUAGUGAGUAGAUUUUGAUCUGUUCGAUAAUUUCAUCUCAAACAUUGAUUAUGAUAUUGGACUAUAACCUUUGUAUAAGACUGUCAGCUGUAUAUCUGAUAAGAUUAGCUCCUAGACUAUAAUAUUCUUUUUUUAUAUUUUAUUUUUUAAAAUUGUGAAUAUAGCCAGUCUAUAUCCUAUCUACAAUAUCAUAAUAUUACAAUCAGUUCUCUGAGAAAAUCUCUAAAAUAGACAGGCACUUGUCACUAUUACAUAAAAUAACAGAAUAAUUACAAAAAUUGAUUUUCUUUUUACAAAUUCUUUACUAUCAAUCUAGUAGCUAGUCUAUCUUUCAGUAUUUUGCAUAACUGCCGGUGUAACAGAAGAUUUUGAUCCCGUUCAAAUAUGACCCCUUUGACCAUUUUUCAACAGGUGACUGUCAAUUUUUAACGUUGAAAACUGAUACCGUCCGUUGAUCAACGACCCUCCUCCGCACCAACAGGAGUAGUGUCAUAUUUCAACGUUGAAAACUGACCCCAGUACUAUAUAUCACUGACCGUACACUAGGUGUUAAACUUACUUUAACAUUGCUGUCAUUGUCUUGACUGUAAGUAAUAAACGUACUGUGUUGCGUAACACACAGGUUAAUAAUAUAAGAUUCUUUCACUGGUAGGGAAUAUCCGGCUCAAUGGUUACUGUUUAAGCGGAAACGAGACUCUGUCGAGUUACCGCGUAAACUGUUACCCGAGAGCCGGAUAUUUCCAUCUGCACCUACAGCCAGUGAUAGAAUCUUUUUCUUGCAUACUAUAUUAAAAAAAGAAAGUAAUAAAGGUAAAAUCAAACGAA